AUGAACCCCAAAAGAAGAACAAAGGUGAUCCCAUGAACAACCUGGAAGGUUUUUACCAAGAGAUGAUAAUGAAAAAACGUCUUGAAGAGUUGCAACUUAUGAGAGGUGAACCCUUUGCUUCCCACUCACUGGUCUCAGCUACAUCAGUGGGUGAUAGUGGCACAGCUGAGAACCCGUCAUUACUCCAGGACAAGGGAAAACAGGCAGCACAGGGUAAAGGUCCCAGUCUCCAUGUGGCAAAAGUUAUUGAUUUUUCACCUGAGCAGUGUUGGACUGGGCCUAAGAAGCUGACGCAGCCAAUAGAAUUUGUCCCAGAAGAUGAGAUCCAGAGAAAUCGUUUGUCAGAGGAAGAGAUCCGAAAAAUUCCUAUGUUUUCUUCAUAUAAUCCAGGGGAGCCAAACAAGGUAUUAUACCUGAAGAACCUUAGCCCUCGGGUGACUGAAAGAGAUCUUGUCUCACUGUUCGCUCGGUUCCAGGAGAAAAAAGGCCCUCCAAUUCAAUUCCGAAUGAUGACUGGACGAAUGAGGGGUCAGGCUUUCAUCACCUUUCCCAAUAAGGACAUAGCAUGGCAAGCAUUGCAUCUAGCAAAUGGAUAUAAACUGCAUGGGAAAAUAUUGGUGAUAGAGUUUGGAAAGAACAAAAAGACCCUGGAAACAGAAGAGGAAACUAAACCUAGAG